UUUGACACGGUAAUUUUUGGGCAUGUAUGGAGAAGGAACGGCAUUCAACUUGAGCCCAAUUAAGCAUUGCGAUGGUGAUAACUAAAUCAAAAAUGGGUUUUGGGUAUGAAUUUUGUAGAUGGCAAUGACGGAUCAGAGCCUUGAGUUGCAGGAGUCCGGUUGGGAGGAGCUGAGGCGUGAAGCUCGUAAGAUCGAGGGCGAUCUCGAUGUCAAGCUUUCCUCCUAUGCAAAGCUCGGUACCAGAUUCACUCAAGGAGGUUAUGUGGAUUCUGGUUCAUCGUCUGUUGGUUCCAACAGAUCAUGGAAGUCUAUGGAAAUGGAAAUCCAAUCUUUACUUGAGAAAUUGUUGGAUGUUAAUGAUUCAAUGAGUCGGUGUGCUGCAUCUGCAACACCAGCUACCUCCAUAAAUCAAAAACUAGCAAGACACAGGGAUAUCCUCCAUGAAUUUACACAGGAAUUCAAGCGUAUCAAAGGAAACAUUAAUUCAAUGAGGGAACAUGCAGAACUUUUGAGUUCUGUUAGGGAUGACAUCAACGAGUAUAAGUCACCUGGAACCAUGUCUCCGAGAGUGCAAUUACUGAGGGAAAGAGCUGCUAUUCAUGGAAGUAUUGCUCAUAUGGACGAAGUAAUAAGUCAAGCCCAAACUACAAGGGCAGUCUUGGGGAACCAAAGGGUUUUGUUUGGAGAUGUUCAAGGAAAAGUGAAGCUUCUAAGUGACAAAUUCCCAGUUAUACGUGGCCUUCUAGGUUCCAUUAGAAGAAGGCGGUCAAGGGACACAAUUAUUCUGUCUGGAGUCAUUGCAGCAUGUACCUUGUUUCUCAUUAUCUAUUGGCUCUCAAAAUGAUUAAAAAGGUGCGAAUUUGAAAAUUUGGAGUUUUGGUUUUGUAACUCCUUUUUCUUUGAAGUAAGCGACAUGGAGAUCGAAGAUUUUUAGUGUUUCUUGUGCCAUUAAAUUCGAAUAUCUUUCUUACAUUCAAUAAUGCCACCAUUUUGCCAUUUCAAA